CACAUACCUCCUCCACAGAACAUUUCAAGCACCUCACGCCCUUCCUUACCUUUUACUGAUCAUUCCUUGCAUUAAACUUUUUGAUUAAUUAAUGGAGGCAGUGCAGAAGAAAUGGUGGGUGGUGUGUGUGGUUUUUUUAGUCUUGCUUUCAGUAAAAUAUGGGGCUAGAGCGCAACAAGUUCCUUGCUACUUCAUUUUCGGGGAUUCUUUGGUCGAUAAUGGCAAUAAUAAUCAACUUUCAUCUUUGGCUAAAGCUAAUUAUAUGCCUUAUGGGAUUGACUUCCCUCGCGGACCUACCGGAAGGUUUUCCAAUGGUAGAACAACAGUUGACGUUAUUGCUGAACAAUUGGGUUUCCGCAACUACAUUCCACCUUAUGCUACAGCAAGGGGCCGAGAUAUACUCGGGGGAGUGAAUUAUGCAUCAGCAGCAGCUGGAAUUAGAGAGGAAACAGGCCGACAACUGGGAGAUCGAAUCAGUUUUAGCGGACAAGUACGAAACUACCAAAAUACUGUCUCACAAAUUGUGAACAUACUGGGUGAUAAGAACACGACAGCAAAUUAUCUUAGCAAGUGCAUAUUAUCGAUUGCACUAGGCAGCAAUGACUACCUUAACAAUUAUUUCAUGCCUCAGCUUUACUCAUCUAGCCGGCAAUAUACACCAGAGCAAUAUGCCAACGUUCUUAUCCAACAAUAUACUCAACAAUUAAGGAUUUUGUACAACAAUGGAGCCAGGAAGUUUGCCUUGAUUGGACUGGGUCAGAUUGGCUGCAGCCCAAGUGAACUGGCCCAAAAUAGUCCUGAUGGGAGAACAUGUGUUCAGAGAAUUAAUUCUGCCAACCAGAUUUUCAAUGACAAGCUCAGAUCUCUUGUUGCUCAAUUCAACGGAAAUACUCCUGAUGCAAGAUUUAUCUACAUCAAUGCUUAUGGAAUUUUUCAAGAUUUACUAACCAGACCUGCUGCUUUUGGAUUUACGAACACAAACACUGGAUGCUGCGGUGUUGGAAGGAAUAAUGGACAGAUUACAUGUCUACCUUUACAAGCUCCUUGCCGGAACAGAAACCAAUACGUGUUUUGGGAUGCGUUUCACCCGACUGAGGCUGUAAACGUAAUUAUUGGAAGGAGAUCUUACAGUGCACAAUCGGCAUCCGAUGCUUACCCUUACGAUAUCCGCCAGCUGGCUCAGCAAUGAAGACGAAGCUGAUGGUUGUGGUGAGAUGAUCAGUUAAAGAUCAUAUCCCCAAGAAUUUUACUUUCUGUUUACUAUAUAAUGUUUGUCGCUUUUAAUGUUGUAGUCCAUUGUUCUGUAUAUGGGCAGUACUUGAGUGUAAACAAGUUCAGAUUUCGAGUCUUGUCUACGUACUGAAUUUAGUGCAUUCCUGCAAACUAGCAAGGAGUAUGAGAUUCUGAAACCAUUUAAUUACUAGAAUCUUAGAAGUAGAUUGAGAAUCUAUUUUCUAGGGUUUUUAUUU